AUGGACGAAGCCCUAGAAACGCAGCUGAAGACGAGCAGAGGACGCUUCUCGGCUACAGAAUCCCUCCCCACCUUGGAGCUCUUAUCUCAGGUGGACAUGGCCUGCAGGGUCCACAUGCGACCCAUCGGCCUGACCUGGGUCCUGCAACUGACCCUGGCAUGGAUCCUGCUAGAAGCCUGUGGAGGGAGCCACCCACUCCAAGCCAGGUCCCAGCGACACCAUGGGCUGGCAGCUGAUCUGGGCAAAGGCAAGCUGCACUUGGCAGGAACUUGUUGUCCUUCAGAGAUGGACACAACAGAGAUAUCGGGCACUGGGAACCAUCCAGAACGCUGUGGAGUGCCGAGCCCCGAGUGCGAAUCCUUCCUGGAACACCUCCAACGUGCCCUUCGCAGUCGCUUCCACCUGCGGCUAUUGGGGGUACGCCAAGCACAGCCGCUCUGCGAGGAGCUCUGCCAGGCCUGGUUCACCAACUGCGAAGAUGAUAUCACCUGUGGCCCGACUUGGCUCCCACUCUCAGAAAAAAGGGGCUGUGAGCCUAGCUGCCUUACCUAUGGACAGACCUUCGCAGACGGGACGGACCUUUGUCGCUCGGCUCUGGGCCACGCCCUACCGGUGGCCGCUCCUGGAGCUCGUCACUGCUUCAAUAUCUCCAUCUCCGCACUACCUCGUCCCAGACCAGGACGGCGGGCCCGGGAAGCUCCCUCCUGGCGUUCCCGCCGCCCUCGCACCUCCAUCCUGGACGCUGCAGGCAGCGGGAGUGGCAGUGGAAGCGGCAGCGGCCCCUAG